AUGUCGGUGCUCACCAACUGGGCCAUCUUUCUAGCCCUCGCUGGAGCCGUCUAUCUUAUCACCAAGAAGGGCAAGGGCGGCGAGGCUCGAGGCCGUCCACUUCAGCGCGCAGCAAACAACGCUGCCCAAUGGGUUGACGACGAGAAGACCAAGUCGAAACCGGCUGCGAAAGCCAACAAGCAGAAGGCUCCUCGCAAGUCAGUCAAGAAGGCUGUCCAGGAAGUUGGAGACAAGGCCGAGGCCUAUCUUUCCGCUGCCUCCUCGAACACGGGUGCCGAUGCAGAUGAUGACAACACCCCACCCGCCGCCUCUCCAAAGGUCAACCCGAGCGGUCGCGAUGUGUCUGACAUGUUGGAGCCCCAGGCCCCUAAGUCGGUCCUGAGGAUCAACUCCUCCGACAAGCCUGCGCGCGCGGCUAAGCCGCAGCAACAGCGCACCGACUCUGCCACGGAGACCAAGAAACAGAGGCAGAACAGGAAGAAGAAGGAGGAAGAGAAGGCCGCCCGUGAUGCGGCCGAGGAGGAACGCAAGAAGUUGCUCGAGCAGCAGCGCCGCACUGCCCGAGAGGCUCGCGGAGAGGCCGCACGUAACGGUGUUCCAGCUCAAGCUCCCGCCUCCAACGCCUGGAAAAGUGGUGCAGCUCCCGCUGUUAAGCCAGCCGUCAUCGGAAACCAACUUCUCGACACCUUGGACAACGUAUCCGAAGUCACUCCUAGCCAGGGUGCUACCAAUGGUUCGACCAAGUACAGCAACCUACCUUCUGAGGAAGAUCAGAUGAGAAUGGCUAUGGAGGAGAGUGCCUGGACCACCGUCCCCAAGGGUGGCCGAAAGAAGACGAAGAAGGACACGGCGGAAGAGGGCAGUGACUCGGGCGCCCAGGAAAUCGCCCCUGCCCCUGUCAAGGCUGCUCCCGUCAAGGCGGCCCCGAUCAAAAAAGCGGAGAACACUAAGCCCGCCUCCCGCUUCGAUGUUCUGUCUCAGCAGGUCCCUGACGUUGGCGACCCAAGAGACUCCGACUGGCCUGUUGUGUAG